UAUGAAUUUUUUAUUUGCUAUAUGUGAAAGUUGCCCUAUUUAAAUUUAAUUAACUCUAUAUAAGUAUACAAAAAAUGUUUAUCUAUGUUAAAGAGAAUACAUAUUGAUUAUCUAGUAAAAAAAAAAAAGAUUCGUCUGUGUGUUUGUUACAUCCCGCAUCAUUCUCUCUUCCUCAAACACAACACCUAAGACCUAAGUGAGUUCCCAACUUUUACAAACCUUUCCUAUUUAUACUCUUCUUCCCCCUUUUGCUCCUUUGAAACAACCAAAUCCCCAAUUCUAACAAACUAUUCAAGGAACAAAUUAAGGAUUAAGGGAAAAAAAAAACAUUUUUUAGUAGCCAAAAUGUCGUGGCAAUCCUAUGUAGAUGAUCACUUGAUGUGCGACCUUGAAGGCCAUCGCCUCACCUCAGCGGCUAUUCUUGGCUUUGAUGGCAGCGUUUGGGCUCAAAGCUCUGCAUUCCCUAAGUUUAAACAAGAGGAAAUUAUUAAUAUCAUGAAAGAUUUUGAUGAACCUGGAUUUCUUGCUCCCACUGGGCUAUUCCUUGGCGGCGCAAAGUACAUGGUCAUCCAAGGAGAACCUGGCGCUGUCAUCCGUGGCAAAAAGGGGGCUGGUGGAAUAACAAUUAAGAAAACAGUUCAAGCUCUAAUUUUUGGUAUCUACGAAGAACCAGUGACUCCAGGACAGUGUAACAUGGUUGUUGAGAAAAUUGGAGACUACCUUAUAGACCAGGGUUAUUGAAAUUUCAUAAAUCCCAUAAUUAAUCUUCUUUUUUUUUUUGUAUUUUAAUGAUUGAUCUUCUUCAUCUAGUCACUGAAGUUCUUUUUUUUUCCUAAACAAAAAUAACUAGCCUAAAAGUUACUAUUAAUUUUGUUAUAUAGUUUACUGAACUAAA